AUGGGGCCUAAAGUAGCCCAGAAAUGGGGUCACUUCUGUCAACCAGGCGCUGCUCAGCCUAGUCCGUGUCGACGAGGGGAGUACCAGCCCUCUUUUGGCUUGGACACCUGCUUCCCAUGUCCACCUGGCUUUCACUGCCCGUAUCCUGGUACUCUGGUGCCCAUGCUCUGCCCAGCACAUGUCUACUGCCCAACUGGAACAUGGUCCCCUCCUCUGUGUCCUCCGGGUACCUUCACUUCCCAAAAUGCCUCGGGCCUCCAAGCAGAGGGCGACUGCUCCAUCUGUCCUCCCGGUCACUACUGCAGAGGUGGACAAGUGUGGGGCAAAUGUCCUGCUGGCUAUUUCUGCCCACCUGGGACCUCUGGACUGAUGACCUCAUGUCCUCCACGACAACUGUGUGCUGUGCAGUGCCCACCAGGUUUUUACUGCCCAGAGGGAAGUGAAGAGCCCAUCCUGUGUCCACCUCAUACUGUGACAAUUGCCCCUAGAGCCAAGAAGCGAGGUGAAUGUGAGCCUUGUCCCCCUGGGCGCUGGUGCAAAGCUGGUAAGACUCCGGUUUAA